GUCAUAACUGCAAAACCCGAACAAAUAUCAAUGACCUGUGUGGCUAGUCCUCGUUCAAUCUCUUGGUGCACUAGGACAUCCUUUUGAUCAGUCAGCAACAUAGGCAGUCCAUCGGAUGUCUGCUUGGUGGCUGCAACAACUGAAAACCUAUCGCCUCGAAGCUGUACUCCUGACAGGAGGAAUUGCUGGUUCUUCAAGGAUGUACAACAUCUAUAGAUCCUAUCUUUGGAAUCACCCAACCAUGCACGACCAGCCACACUGACGGUGGCCCCAUCUUGCAGUGAUCCUAACCAUGGCUCAGGAUCGAAAAUGGGUGUGUUACCCCCUCGAGACAUCGGCCUGCGUAGGCGUACCAACUGCAAACAUAUGUGUGGAGGGGCUUGCCAGAUACCUCCACCAGCGGGAAAGAGUGUGGCAUGGGACACAAAAAAAAAGAACAUGCGUUGCAUUGUGCAUCAAUUAGGUCUGGUCAGAGUCUUUCCCUUCAGGGCCAACAAUGGACUCUGGCGGUGAAUUUACUGUUCCAGAUGCAAAAGGAGCGGAUGCGCAACAAUGUGGUGUCCUGCAGUGCUGCUAUCAGCGCUUGUGAGAAAGGACGCUUAACUGCUUAUGCACGAAGUGAGCCCCAGCUCCUUACGAAGAGAUACGGAGAGUGAUUCGGCACUGGAUCACUCAGCUCUGCCAAACAUAUAACGACUUUGGAGGCAGGCGGUCGCCAAACAUAAACAAUUGAGUAGUAUUCCCCACAAAGUCUGAGUCUACCAGCGAACCCACCCGAACAAUCCCAGACCAAUUCCACGGUAGACUAGCUCCAGCACAACAACCUCAACUAUCGCUGUGAAGCCAAGGUAGUCAAUGGCUCCAAGCAAUGCAGCUCUUGCAGGACUUGAAAGAGGGCCAGGAGGAGCUCGACGUGAUUCUAUUGGGCGCUGUGGUCAGUGCCUGUGGGAACAGUGGGCAGUGGCAACAUGCGCUCGCUUUUCUCGAGGAAAUGCAAACCGAUAGAAUUCAAGGUAACCUUGUCACCUACAACAGUGCCCUCAGUGCCUUUGAAAAGGCCGGGCAAUGGCAACAAGCGCUGCAAUGGCUGCAGCUGUCUUUGGAGCAAGUCUUACAGCUUGACGUAAUAAGCUAUAGCGCAGCCAUCAGCGCCUGUGAGAAGAGUGGCCGUUGGAAGGAGGCACUUUUCAUUCUCAAGGAGAUGCAGAGGUGUCGUUCUCGGGGGAACGUCAUCUCCUACAACGCGGCAAUCAGUGCGUGCCAAAAGGCUGGGAGAUGGCAGCAGGCUAUCCACCUUCUCUUCAAUUUGGCCAACCUUGAGUUGGAGGCAGAUGUGGUCAGCUACAGUGCAGCCAUCAGUGCAUGUGAGGAUGGUUUGGAGUGGGAGCUGGCUAUGCUCCUUAUGAUGGAGAUGUUGAGUCUGCAAAUGGAAACCAACAUAGUUACGUACAACGCUGCCUGCAGUGCGGUGGCGGUGGCUGGGGCCUGGCAGCAGGGUGUAGCUUUGCUGGAGCAGCUGCAAGAGGGGCAGCUGGACGGGAAUGUCAUCACAUACAGCGUGGCGAUUCAGGGCUGCGAAUUCUCCGGGCAGUGGUCUGUUGCGCUGUACCUCUUGGAUGAACUGCAUGGUAAUGGUCAAACGGGGAACAUGAUCACGUACCACUCAGCUGUCCGUGCCUGCAGUGCUGCCAAUGCCUCUGGCCGAGCCCGAGGGCUGCUGGGGGAUGUGCGGCAGAACGCCAUGGCUUUGCUGGAGAAAAAGUGCAAAACGGA